GGAAUCACCCAUUGCAUCAUACUUGGUGGAGGAAGUCCUAAAAGACUGUGCUGCAAUUGUUAAACCGUACUUUUCAGAUGCCCUAAAAUCAAUGAGCUUUGAACCUGCUGAUUAUGCUCAAACGAUUGCUUUAUUAAGCAAUGAAAUGCCAAAAGGAAAAGAAAUGAUGGCAACUGAAAAUGCGCCUGCUACAGUACAUUGCGUAAAAGUUGGUCCAUCUGAGGCUAAAUGUUGUGAGCUAGCGCGGCAGGAUGACACUCACAGGGAGAAGCUAAAGGAUACUGUUUAACUAACAUCAUGAAACCUGUCAAUCCAGAAGAUGUGCACCCAGCAAAAAAUGUGCCAAAAGAAAACCAGGAAGAGACUGGAAGCCAUAAACUUACAGGUCAUCCUGUAAAAGUUGGUCCAUCCGAGGCUAAAUUUUGUGAGCCAGUGCUGCAGGAUGACAUUCACAUUCACAGGGAGAAGCUAAAGGAUACUUGUACAACAAACAUCAUGAAACCUGUCAAUCCAGAAGAUGUGCAACCAGCAACAAAUGUGCCAAAAGAAAACCAGGAAGGGACUGGAAGUCAUAAACUUACAGGUCAUCCUGUAAAAGUUGGUCCAUCCGAGGCUAAAUUUUGUGAGCCAGUGCUGCAGGAUGACAUUCACAGGGAGAAGCUAAAAGAUACUUGUACAACAAACAUCAUGAAACCCGACAAUCCAGAAGUUGUGCAACCAGCAACAAAUGUGCCAAAAGAAAACCAGGAAGGGACUGGAAGUCAUGAACUUACAGGUAGUAGUGGCCAUCAUUCUUUGGUGUCUGAAAAUCACAAUAAUAGCACUGGAAGUCAUGGUCAUUUGUGUCAGCCCAAGAGAAAAGAGAACGAUGAUGAGCUGGCUGUGUCAAUUCCAAUAGGAGAUGUGCCACAAUCCCAAGUUCAGAAAAAAGAUUUUCUUCAUUUGGGAGAGACACAGUGUGCCAAAAGAAAACGAGGAAGCGACUCAAAGAAGAAUGAGUCCGCUUCAGAUUGUGAAACAGAGAGAAAAUCUGAAUCUGGCAUAAAAAAUGAAGAAGGAAACCUCGAAGAACACAAAGAUCCAACACUGCAACAAAUUUUUGGAAUCAAACAGUGGAAGAAGAAGAAGACGAAGAAAACAACUAAUACUGAAGAAUCUAGCGAUAAGGAUUCUGAAAGGGCUCAUACCAGCAAAGAUCACGGUGCAGAACUGAUCGGCACUAAAAUAAAAGUUUGGUGGCCAUUGGAGCAAGCGUUUUACGAGGGAGUCAUUUCUUCUUUUGAUUCUGAGACAAACAAACACAAGGUCGUAUAUGAUGAUGGUGAAGUAGAGAAAUUGAGACUACACAAAGAACGAUGGGAAAUGCUUGAAGACAAUUCAUCUCAAAAGGAUAUUAAAAGGACUUUUACCAUGAAAGAUUAUGGUAAGGAACUGGUUGGCACUAGGAUAAAAGUUUGGUGGCCAUUGGAUGAAAAGUUUUACGAGGGAGUAGUCUCUUCUUUUGAUCCCGUUGAAAGGAAACACAAGGUCUUAUAUGAUGAUGGUGAAUCAGAGAAAUUGAGACUACAUAAAGAACGAUGGGAGAUGCUUGAAGAUAAUUCAACUCAAAAGGAUCACGCGUUAGACUUUCAAGGCCAUGCUGUUUCAUCUGCUACGUCAUAAAUUAAGUACCGCAGAGUAGAAGGGCACUGAAUCAGUGGAAAUCUCUGUCGUGGAUAGGAAAGAAACUCAACUCCUGCAAGUGUUGAAGAAUUUUCAUAAAUGUAACUACUAAAUUAAGCGAUGUGAUUCAGUUGAUUGGAGAAAUGAGAUGCGAGUCUUAGCAUAUUUCAGCAGCAAAAGAAACUGAGCUGGUCAUGGUUGUAGAUUUAUUAUAUGUCGCGCUACAGUCUGCUCUUGGUGUUUACUAAUGCUCAGCGGCUUAUAUGUAUGAUUAAAUUACUGAUGUUGGAGAAUUCAAAACCCAUAAAAUUCAAAUUAUGAAUCAACGAUUUUUUUUGUAUUUCCAUAUAAGACCAUUUCUUGUUUAGAUUUUUUUUGUGUUUCCAUAGAUAUAUAUUGAACAAGCACUGCACAUGUUAUUUGUU